UACUGAAAUGUUGUCCGCCUUUUCGUCGACCCCCGGCGGGAAAACCUUUGAUUUUUCUAUUUCCUCUCGAAACGCCAUUUACUCCCACACAUCAGCAUUCCUCGUAAUUGUCGACCCAAAAAAUAAUUGCAUUCGACGGAAUUGAAGGGACACGGGCUUGGGUGGGUUUGCUUCACAAUUUUCGUUCUCGAAUAGGUUUGGGAGGAAAAGCUUCUGGAUCUGAGGAAGAAGUAUUAUUCGUUUAAUCUCGAGGGUUUUUUGGGUUAUCGUUGUUCGGUUCAUCAUCUAUCGUCGACGGUGGAGAGUCCAACGAUUAGUUGUUGUGGUUUUUAUCUGUGUGCUUUGGAGAGUUAGUUCCCGGCAAUCAAUCAAUGGCGGAAGUUGAACAUAGAAAAAUCGACGUUGCUGCUGAUGAGAAGCCGGCGUCGGUCGGUGGGUCGUAUCAGAAGAAGAGGACGAAUAAGAGGAAGAGUAUGGAAGCGUGUCAGUACGCCCCAACCGCUGAAGAGAAAGAAGCUAAAAUUAAAGCAUUUCGCGAAGAAAUCAACAGUCUCGUUAGGUUUUGUAAUGAGAAAGUGAUGGCAAACAAUGGGGAUUUGGUGGAAAUUGAGAAGGUUGGAAGUUCUGCUUCAUUGAAUGUUGUGAUUGCGUGUCUAAUGGAGGAGAGAAGCCUUCCCCUUUCAAAUCUUGUUGAUGAGAUUUUCGAUGGGCUUAAGAGUAAAUCUGGAAAUGGUGAUUGUGUUAGCAAGGCCAUUGUGAAGAGUUCUGUUCUUAAGAUUGGGCAGAGGUUGUGUUAUGGUAUGACAAGUGCUGAUGCUGACAUAUUGGAGGAUGAGGCUGAGCAUGCGCUUUGGUGUUGGGAGACGAGAGAUUUGAAGUUGAUACCAAAACUAGCACGGCCUGCUCUGAAAGUUCGCCGCACUUGCCGCAAAAAGAUUCAAGAGAGGAUUAUGGCUGUAUGGGCUAUGAUACGCGCACUGGAAAAGUUAGAUAGCUAUCAAGAGUUGAUGAAAGCUUCAGAAAAGCUCAGUAAAGUUUUAAAUGAGGUCGAUAUCCGGUUGCUAAUGGAAAACAUGUCAUGUAAAAAUGGUGCUGAAAUGGCUGAGAAGGAUGCCCAGAGAGGAGGAAUAAUGUUGAUAAAACAAUUGGAAAAAAGCAAAAAGGAAAUGGAGAAAGAGAGGAAAAAGAUGGAUAGAGAACUUCAGAAGGAAAAGUUGCAAAAUGAAAAAGAGCAGAAGCGAUUGCAUGAUGAGGCAGAGAAGGAGAGGAAAAGGCGUGAAAAGGACGAAAAUGAGAUGAUGAAAAAGCUCAAAAAGCAGCAAGAGGAAGCAGAGAGAUGUCAAAAGCGCAAGGACAGGGAAGAAACUGAAUUGCGAAAUCAACUUGCGCUUCAGAAGCAAGCGUCACUCAUGGAUCGCUUCCUUAAAAGGAGCAAAACUAGUCCACCUUCUCAAAAUGAGAGUUCAAUGCUCAACGAUACCUCAUCUGGAUCAUCAACUAGCAAUGUUGAACAAUUCUCCAAAUCAGUUACCCUGUCGAUGGAUUCUGUCUUAGCUCAAGUUGUUGGGAUUGAGGUGGAAGAUAUCUGGAGAUCACACUUGAAUGCUUGGCGCUGCAUUGGGCCUUCCCAUCUGAGCAGGAAGGCUCACUGGAGCAUUCGUCAGAAACCCAAAAUUGAAUUGAUCAAGGAACUUAAACUUACAACGACUAAAGAGUUAACUUCUGAUGAAGACUUGAGCAUAGAGAAGCUUGUGGUUGGAUGGGCUGACUCUAACAAUGAUGGAAGAUUUUCUCAAAUGAAUUCUGACAGUAGUCCUAGUGGUCAGAAGAGACGUCGUUCUAAACAGCUGUUGCAGUUUGACAAGAGCCAUCGGCCUGCAUUUUAUGGAAUUUGGCCCAAGAAAAGUCAAGCUGUCGGCCCCCGUCACCCCUUUGCAAAGGACUUGGAUAUAGAUUAUGAGAUUGACAGCGAUGAGGAGUGGGAAGAGGAGGAACCUGGCGAAAGCUUAUCAGAUUGUGACAAGGAUGAAGAAGAUGAAAAUGUGGAAGAGCUUGUAAAGAAUGAAGAUGAGGAAGAGGAUGAGGAUGAAGAUGGAUUCUUUGUUCCUGAUGGAUAUCUUUCGGAGAAUGAGGGAUUAUCGAAUGAUGAAAUGGAAUGUGAUGAUUUGGAUGAGGAAGUAAGAGGUCAGCCAAGUACUGAACAGACAGUGCAGAGUGAAGAAUUCUGUACCCUUCUCCGGCAACAGAAAUAUCUCAACAGUCUGACCGAGCAUGCCCUCAAGAAGAACAAGCCUCUGAUUAUUUUGAAUCUUAUGCAUGAUAAGACUUCAUUGUUGCCUGUUACUGAGCUUUCUGGUGCAGAAAAGCUUGAAAGGAUGUGCUUGCAAGCUCUUUCUAUGUGUCCAUUGCCUGGUUUCUCAGAUGCAGAAAUCUCAAUUUCGAUAGAUGUGAAAGAGGAUCAAGAAGCUUCCUCCUACAAGUUGGGUACAGCACCACCUGAAACUCCUGCAGCAAUUCUGGAUUCCAACUUACCAACAUUGGUAUCAACCAUCCAGAUUGGCCCUAAUAGUAUCGGGAAUAUAGUGAAGUCACUGCAUACUCAGUUUCCAGCUGUACCAAAGUCCCAUCUAAGGAAGAAAGUGCAUGAAAUAUCUGAGUUUUUGGAUAAUCGUUGGCAGGUCAAGAAAGAAAUUUUAGACAAACUUGGCCUAUCUACAUCACCAGAAAAGAGGUACGGUAAAGUGAAGAGCAUUGCUACAUACUUAAAAAAACGAUGCCUGCCUCCAUCUAGGAAGACCCCACAGCUGUCAAGGGAGCCUGCUGCAUCCCAACAGCAGGAAUAAUUGCCGCCAUAUCCAUCCAGGUAUUUCUAGCUGUAUGUACCUACCAUACCUAAAUCGUUGUCGGCAUUUUGUUUUGGAUGGGUGAUGUUUUUGGCAAUGCCUGGUUUACAUCAGACAGUGCUUUACUUGAGAUAGAUAAAAUGUUUUGGCAAAUGUAUGCUCUGCAACUGAGUUGAAAUCGAAAUCGGAAUUUGAAUUGGUGCUUUGUCCAAAAGAAAAUGAAAGAACAGAAAACUGUGAUGUGAUGUAGUUGGUAUUUUGUAUGACAAUGACUAUGUAAGGAUGAGAGCAUGAAAGCUCAUUUAAAACUUACAAGACUUCCAUUUACAUAUAAAUUACAUUGUUUUGGGGUAUUAUUUGAGUUGAGCUACCCUAUUUAGUUGCA